UCUGGCCCUGCAGGCACCAAGCACACAUAUGGUACACAUACACACAUAUUUACAGGCAAGCAUAUUUUUAUGUUAAGCAUAUUGUCUUAGAGUUCUCUUGCUGUGAAGAGAUACUAUGGCCAUGGCAACUCUUAGCAUUUAAUUGGAGCUUGCUUAUAGCUUCAGAGGUUUAGCCCAUUAUCAGUAUGGUGGGAAGCAUGGCAGCAUGCAGGUAGAUACUAUACUGGAGAGAUAGUUUAGCAGUGUGCAUAGCAGUUCCUAUCAAGUUGACUUAAGACACUUUGAAAAGGACAACCUGGCACUGAUUUUUUAAAAAAGUAACCAUGAGAACUGUUGUUUUGAUGUUAAAGAGUGGACCAUCUAUGUAGAUUAGAGUGUUUACAAAUAGACCAACAAGUUAGCAAUGGGUACUCGGUGACUUAGUGCAGUAUUUCUUUGUCCUGGGUUAAAACUCAGAUCCUGUAGUGACUUUUGGACACCAUUGUAUGCAUUUACUGUCAUCCUAGUUGCUCAGUCAGUGUCUUAUGAAGUCCUCUACACUGUGCCUGUGUGCUUUAUGAAAAACUUGCAUGUGUACUGUCAAACCUUCAAAUUUCCUCUUCACAUUUUUCUUCUGUAAGUUGAGGUAUAAAAACUACAUAUUUGUUUCAUACCAUGUGAAGUUACUUGAUAAAUUUGUACAUUAUAAUAAUCUAGUCAGAGCAAGCAUAUACGCCUUCUCAAACGUCAUGAUUCUUUUUAGGAAACACUCCAAUCUUCCCUCUUUUUAAUAUAUAGUACAUUUCAUUGUCUAUAUUUACUCUACUGUGCCUUAUGACGCCUGAAUUCAUUUCCCAUAUAUGCUUGCAAUUCAAACCCUGUUCUGCCUUGAUUUAAAUAUGUUUUCUUUGAAAGCUCCUUCCUGCCCUUUCUGAUUGUCUGUCACAAAUGCCCCCCUUCAGUUUCAUUGGGAAAUACACUAGGAAAAUCAUUUUCGCUACGUAGUUAACUUUAUCUUCUUGGUUCAUUCAUUACUUCAUGCAUACAAUGUGCUACCCCAAACUGUAAUCGGUGAAGUUACGAGGGGAGGAAAUGGGUUGGAAACUGUGGCUUAAGCAUCAGUGCUGUUUAAUGAAAGGUGGGGACAGUGAGAAGAGAGCUGUGAUCACUGCCACAGGGAAAUGGGCUGAAGGAUAGAGUGUGAAUCAGUGGGAAAUCAGAAGAUUCGUAGGUAAAACACAAAACAAGACCUGGUUUGGGCUUUGAAAAGAACAGAUGUGAAUAAUAGGAAGCAGCAUCUAAAAUAAACUGGUGACAAAGAGCUUGGAAGGUGUUUUCCAAGGAAAACCAUCCUACGUUACUGAAUUCAGUUGGAAGCAAGGGAAGUGAUAGCAGUAGUGAUAAGCAAUUUAAUACGGCCUCUUCAGCUUUCUGUUUGCAUGGGAGUAUAUAUACAUUUAGUUGCAUUUCAUCUUCCAAUGUUUCUAACUAAAACCAUCAUGAAUCUACUAAGUUCACCCCUACACCAUAAUACCUUACACACCUUAUACCAUACCUCAGCAGUGGCCUUGGGUGUUUCUGAAUAAAGUCUGGUGCAGGAUAGAUAUAAAAUGCUAGUAACUGCAAGAAGAAAAGGGAAAGUAGAUGUAAAAACAUGCAGGCUACAUGCCGUGUCACAACCCUGUGGUCCAGCUUCUCAGACGGAGGUGCGAGUGCUUGAGACCCAGAGUUCUAGACUAGCACAGGCAACAUAGCAAGACCCCAUCUCUUAAGAAACUAAAACAUGAACUUGGAGCAAUGGAGGCAGUUAAGAAUAUGGGCUGUUCUAGAGAAUGUGGGUUCAAUUCCCAGCACCCACACGACAGCCCACUACUUCCUCCAAGUCCAGUCCCAGGGAAUCCAACUCCCUCUUCUGACCUCUGUGGGCACCAAGCAUGCACUUGGUACACAGAUAUACAUGUAAAUAUACAAGUAAAACUAAGAUACUUUGCUUUUCCCUAUACUUCAAUUUUAUACACAGACAUUUCCUUUUUCCCUUAUCUAAUGUCCAUGAAAUAAACAAUUGCAAAUACUAAAUCUUAGGCAUCUUUAAAUACUUACAUAGGAAUUAUAUAUCAUUCUGUCCAUUUUAGGUAAUUUACUGUAUGCCAUCAAAGACCUUAAGCUUUAGGAUAUACCACAGUUUAUCCUACAGAUACUACAAUUUAAAAUUUCAAGAGUGGAAACUUAACCUCAAGAGAACAUGAGAAAGUUAAAGAGAUAGGACUUCCUGACCAUGACAAAGUGAGGAUUCAGCAGAGGCAUCGGCAAUAGAUUCUAACCAUACAUCGAAGCCCCCACUGGAGAAGUUUAUGGUCAAACUGUGCACACACCACCAGAAGCAAUUCAUUCGUGUCCUGAGUGACCUGUACACUGAGUCUCAGCCAGGUACAGAGGACCUGCAGCCUUUGGAUUCCACAGUGAUGGAUGUCUCCACCUGCAGUGAGGCUUGUGCCCAGCUUAGCAGCGGACAAAAUGAACAGGAUGAUGUGUGUCUCGAUGGGACAUCUCCUGCUUCUGUAAAUUUGUUCUUAGACUCGUCGGGUUCUCCUAGCUCCCUGAGUGUGACUGAACAAACCAUGAAGGAAUCACCUCCUGAGACAGACUCUGUAGAAGGAAGCGAGAAUGCCUUGACUAUUGUCCAGAAAGAGUCCUCUGAGCUCCCAGACACUCAGCCUCACUCUGGAAGGUCAGCAGACAGUCCCACUGUGGGAUGUCUCAAUGCAUUGGACUCUUCCUCUUUUAACUCCCUCCACAGUUCCAAAAGUUUAGAGGGGCAAACCACUGGACAGGAGCAAGACACCAGUCUGAAAGCCUGUGAGGAUGGUGAAGGCCAUGCCCCAGCCUCAGUCAAGAGUCUUACUGCAGUGGAAGUGGCAGCUGCGAAUACUGAAGAGGGUGGUAGCUGUAUUGUUUCUCAAAGAAACUCAUUCAAAGCUUUAUCAGAAGAGACAUGGGACUCAGGGUUUAUGGGAAACUCAUCUAGUUCUGCAGACAAAGAGAAUGCUUUACAGUGUAGCUCAAAGACAUCCUUACACCAGGGUUUAGAGGCAGAUGAACAAGAUGCAAGGCCAAAGCAAGAGAGCCAUCUUCAUUCACUAGGCAGAAACAAGGUGGGUUACCAGACAUACCCCAAUGACAAGGGCCAUUUUGAUCAUUCCAAAGGAGAUUGGUUAGCUUCUAGCCCCACGCCAGCUGUACACAGAGCAGCCAAUGGUCACUCACGAACCAAGAUGAUGUCAGCUUCCAUCAAGACUGCUCGGAAGAGUAGGAGGGCAUCAGGCUUGAGGAUAAAUGAUUAUGACAACCAGUGUGAUGUUGUUUAUAUCAGUCAACCAAUAACAGAAUGCCAUUUUGAAAAUCAAAGAUCCAUAUUGUCUUCUCGGAAAACAGCCCGAAAGAGUACCCGGGGGUACUUUUUUAAUGGUGAUUGUUGCGAACUGCCAACUGUUCGCACCCUGGCCAGAAAUUUACGCUCCCAAGAAAGGGGAAGCUGCUCACCGAUAGCACCAGAGGCAGUGGUGACUUCCAAGCAGACUCUUACAGUUCCCACCUCAAAGCAUACAGUAGAUGUGCAACUUCCCACAGUAGGUGUGCAGCUUCCCACAGUAGAUGAGCAGCUUCCCACAGUAGAUGAGCAGCUUCCCACAGUAGAUGAGCAGCUUCCCACAGUAGAUGAGCAGGUUGUGGAAGAAGAUACCUCUGACAAUCCUAAGGAGGAAAGAACCUCCCUUGAGGAAGGAGGUGAACACUUGUCAUCAGCAAAAGAGCCUCAGGAGCCCGAGGUUUGCCUUACCAUGAAUGAACAGGAUCCUAACAGCUCCCCUAGUCAAGGAGAGGUCACAGCCUCCAGCCCAGCAUGUCUUCUGCCUGCUCCCCUUCUUGAUGAGGAUAUGCAUGAUGUUCCAGAAGACAGCGUUGUGGUCUCACCUCCCCCAGCGAGUGUAUUACCUCUCCUUGACCAAGACCAGCCCCCAGCUUCUCCUCUAGGUUCAGAGGAAAUGCAUACACUCCAGGAGUGCCACCUGCCUCCCCCAGACAGAAGCACCUCCUUCAUCUCCGGGGAAGACAGUGAAGACCUCCUAUGUAGACGUCAGUCUUCUCAAACAGUCAUCGGAGAAGAGCGUUCUCCGUGCUCAGAAAAUGGAGGCUCUGAUGUGGGUUUUGACCCUCCCCUAAGUCUAGAACUGUCUGAGCAUGACCAAAGCAUCGGUACUGAGGCUGAGACUGGAGACAUCCUUAGGGAGACACUGUUGCUAGAAGCCGCCCUGCCCCUACUGGAAAGCAGCAUCGUCAGUGAUGAGAACCCAAAGGAGACUGAGGGAAGUGAGGCAGCAGGUGAGACAGGGCAGCUGGAGGUGCAUGACAGCGAUACAGAACACGCAUCAGAAAAUGCUCCGAGUGAGGCAAACUUUGACACAGCUGAAGAGAACGUGGACAAGAAGAAAAAGGGGAGAAAGCUCCCUGAGGCCUCUGACAGGUGCCUACGAAGUCAGCUUGCAGACUCACCCUCUGCUGACAGGUGUCCAGGAAGCCAAGGUUUGGAUUCAUCCACUGCCUGUCCUGAAGUGAAGGCUUCUAAAAAUCCUCCUACUGUAAAGCGUUCUAAAAGAGAAGGGCACUCUGGUGGGACAACACCUGAGGGCUCGGUGAUUGACAGUGUCCAUACAGAUGAUCUGGAGGACAUGGAAAACCCCACUGUCAGUGAAUGUUCCUCUGAUGACGAUAUCAAGCAGGAGGGUGAAGGAGCUGGAGUCACCACAAGGCAGACUCUUAAAAGCUUGCUGGCAAAGGAAGUUAAAAGAGAGGAAGGGGAGACUCCCCUAAGCAGUGACCUUGCCACCGUUGGCCAGCCACUGCUUGGGGAGAACCUGGGAAUCAAUGUCUGGUCCAAAAUAGAUGAGAGAGAUGCACAUGCACCCUCAGAAAGCAUCCCUUGUAAGAGGGACCCAGAGCAAAUGAAAGAGAAGCCAGGGCACAUGGCCACACAGGAUGUGGAGGCCGCUGUGGGUGAGGUGGGUGCUGAGGAUGCCCACUCUAAAGAUGAUGCUGGCCUUGCUCCAUCCAGCUUAGCUUCAGUAUCAGCCAGUCAGAGUGGUGAUGCUGCUGGGCCACCAAAACUGGUAACGAGGCCUAAAAGACUGCCUUCUUCAACCUACAACCUGAGACACGCUCACUGUGUGGACACCUUGGACACUACCAAAGUGACUCCUGAGAAGCGAGUCACGCAAGUCAACCCAGCCCCAAAGGAAAGCGAAGCUUCUGAGAGUGGGGAGCCCUUAGAUGAGGACGAUGCAGACACGGCGGUGGGGGAGCAGCCCAAGUUCAUGGGGUGGUGUGCAGAGGAGGAGAACCAGGAGCUGAUCGCCAACUUCAACGCCCAGUACCUGAGAGUUCAGAAGGGCUGGAUCCAGCUGGAGAAAGAAGCUCAGGCGACAGCAAGAGCAAGGAGCAAAUCCGACAAGCUGAAGGAGAUUUGGAAGAGCAAGAAGAGGUCGCGGAAGUGCAGGGGUUCCCUGGAGGCGCAGAGGUUUUCACCUGUCCAGAUGCUGUUCAUGACAAACUUUAAACUGUCUAAUAUCUGUAAGUGGUUCUUAGAGACAACAGAAACUCGGUCUCUGGUCAUUGUGAAGAAACUAAAUACUCGUCUUCCGGGAGACAUCCCCCUUGUUAAGCACCCUCUUCAGAAGUACCCUCCUUCCACCCUGUACCCCAGUUCACUGCAGGCAGAACGCUUGAAAAAACACUUAAAGAAAUUCCCUGGAGCCAUUCCUGCUAAGAAUAAUUGGAAAACACAGAAACUGUGGGCUAAACUGAGAGAGAAUCAUGGCCAGGUAGAACCAGAGGCUGGCAGUGACACCAGCCUGGGCCCUAGCAGUGAAGACAGCGCGGAGGAAGUCAGGGAAGGUGGAAAUAGCCAUCCUCCCACCAACUCGCCUACUCCAGCUAGCACCCGGAUCCUUAGAAAGUAUUCCAAUAUUCGAGGAAAGCUCAGAGCCCAGCGCCUGGACAGCUCCCUGGGUGGGGUUUCCGAAAUUAAGCAGGGCCGAAAGAGCGUAUGCAUCAAUCCCCUGAUGUCCCCCAAGCUGGCCCUCCAGGUGGGUGCAGAUGGGUUCCCGGUCAACCCCAAGAGGGCUGAAGGAAACAAGGGGAGAAGAGGGAAGCAGAUGCCCGAGACCUUGCUCAAAGUGGAAGGCCAGAACAAGCGCAAACGAGCAGAAGGCUAUGGCACUCAGGAUGACAAGGACAAGGGGCCAGCAACAAAAGCCAUCAGAGCCCUUUCUGCCAAGAAGCUGACUGCAAAGGACAGAGUCAGCCAACUCUCCAAGAAGAUGACCUUGAAAGAGAAUAAAGUGAGGAUCUGUAAAAAGGCUCCUGGGAAGAGCUGCCCACCGUCCAGGAAAGAAAAAGAAAAUGCAAACAAAAGACCUGGCCAACCUUCUGCAGCUUCCGAAGCACUGACAAAACCUGCAAAACAAAGGGGUGCAGGAGAAGCCUCACCAAAGCCCCCAAGAGCCAGAAGGAAGAGCAGGAAGCUGAGCAGUGGUAGGGGCCGAGCCAGACCCUUGGCAAAAAGCCCAGAGAACCGGGCUGCCCAGAGAAAGAGAAAGCUCAAGGCCAAACUGGACUCUUCCCAGGGCAAACGGAGGCGGUUAGAUGCCAAGUGAUAGCUUGGUGGCCCCUGAAGGAGAAACUGGUCUAUAGAAGUAACCUUUUAUUUUGCAUUAACAAAAUCUGCUUUUAUAAGCUUGCCUAGCCUUUCACGUUACGGAGAACGCCAGUUACAGAGAACACCAGUUUGAGAUGUCAGAAAAUGCAUCUCAGCCAGAGAAGAGAACUUGUAGAGAGUCCUUCUCCGUGGCUAAGGGAAGUUGUACAUUCUAUUCUGGUUGUUUCUUGGCUUUUAAACUUGGAACCAAGAAGUUUUUGUUUUAAGAAGUACAGUGCCUUAUUUAUCCUUUUUGUUUAGAAUUUGACAGAAGCUAAGAAGAAGCUGAUUUAUGUGACUAAAGGCUUGUAUUUUAUACUUGACGCACAAGCACUUGCUCUGUCACUGAGGAGGCCACCGCCGCGCAUGCAUGAGCGAGUGAGGAGCCAGCAGCCGCUGCCUGUGCGCCUCUGGACAGGUGCACCUUGCAGACCGCAGCACAACUCCCCUCUCUGUCUUGUUUGGUUUUUAUUUGAGUGAUAUUUGAAAGCUGAACCAAAUCAUUUCUAUGGUUAUGUGGAGAAUGCAGGAGAUUUAUAAUUAUUAUAAGAGAUUGAUAUUUUUGUUUCCUUCUAAAACUCAUGUUGUUUAUCACCUCUUCAUCUUUUUUUUAAUCAUUUCAGAUCAUGUUCUCUAAUUUGUGUGCCCAUGGAACAACAGAUGUGCUAGAAACAUGCCCCCUCCCCCAACCAUGUUAUGCUGACACUUGUCAUCCUGCAGCUUGGGACCUUGCAAGCAUGUAGUUCUGCUCUGUGAGGUCUGUGUUCUGUUUUACUGAUUUUUUUUUGUGUACACUUUUGUCUUGUAGUUGUCAUCUGAUCAUUAGGAUGAGUGACUCUUUGUUUCCUUUCUUACACAAGUAGUGAAAGUCAAAGUGUUCUUUCCAGCAAUAGGAAAGCUUAGCCUUGUGCGCAUGCAUCUAGGUGCGUCUGCAGGUGGUUGCCAUCCCCAAGUGUCCACUGGUACUAGUUUCUCCCCCAUGCAGUGUAUCUGUAAAGUGAGUAUUAGCAGUGGCCAGAUGGCCAGUCCAGUGACUCCAUGCACAUCCCCAGUACCGCUUCCACAUCAGGCUGGGGGAGCAGUGGCCUUGAAAGACGAGGGCACCCAGGCAGCUGAGAGAAGCUGCCCUGAAUCUCAGUGGAGCCACACCCCCAUGCACGGCUGAGUGAAGUCCAGCCGGGACCCUCUGAUGUGAAUAUCCUCGCCUGGAGUAGGUGUCCAACCUAGUGGCUAAAUGCUUACAGUGUUACUCCUCCCCAUAUGUCACUCUGUCCCAUGGCUCAGAAAUGAGAACUGCAAUAAUUGAAAGUGAUGUUUGUUUGCCUUUCCUGGGUGGAGCCUAACACAGCCCCUUGGCUUUACGCAGUGCCUAUGCUGUUGCUCCAUUGGACCACUCAGCUAACCACCUGGUUGCUAAAGCCUCAGUCAGCUUUGACGCGUUCUGGCACCUAAAUAGACUUGCAUGGACAGCUGCUGCCCUGCUCUUACUAAGUUUCUACUUAGGUUGUUUCAGAUCUUUUUAGAUCAACCCAGAGGGCCUUCUUUUAUAUGCAAAUCCUGAUAAAACAGGCCUUCUACCUACUUUGCUAUUGUUGAAGUUUGCUGCAGAUAAUGGAAACUUCUGCUGAUUGGGUAGGACUGGGGAACUUCAUCCAUUUCACAGGUAGUGAGAGUUGGUUUCCUUUUUUAAAGUGCCACCUCUGUCCCAUGAGCGUUCUCCCUCACUGCCUCCUCCUUCCCCUCCCUUGCUUUCCCCAUUCCCCGUUGUUCUUAUUAUUAUUAUCCUUGACCCUGACCGUUCACAAGCUACCUAUGGUGAUGAGACUGCGGAGUGUGUGCUCGAAACUCCUCAGCAUUAAGUUGCACAGAAGCAUUAAUAUGUUUUGAGUGGGUUCGUUCAAUAUUUAAAAAGUGGUGUUAAGGCUUAAAAGAGCUUUUCCUGUAGUUGUCACUGGAAAUUGUUGUUGUAGUGACUUAAAACAGCCAAGACUUACCAAUGUGAGGUGUGUCACUGCCUGUACAUAUGAGGCACCUUUGGCUGCCUGGGGACUCCCCUGUAAGGUGCUGGGUUAGAUUAGAAGGAGGAGUGAGUGGGAAGUUGGUGGGACACUUCCAGUUCCAAGUUUAUAAUUCAUUCCAUUGCUUUUCUGAUUGUGUUUUCACUUUUAAAAUCUCGCUUCGAGAUAGUAGGUAGGCUGCAUUUGAGGGAGCUGUGUGGAAGUGUUUGUUAUAUACCCAUCUAAUAGUGCAGUAGGCAUCUUUAAAAUCAGCUUACACUUAAUAGUGGUGUCUACAUUUAUAUAGAUGGACACUCUACAAAAUUAGGACAUUUAAGGGUUUUUUUGUUGUUUCACAUUUAUUGAACUCAUUUUUGCUGAUUGGUUGAUUUUGUUACUAGAAGAAGGAAAAAAAAUCAAUACUUGACAGUAGCUUUAGACCUUUCUACACCCAUAACAGAUGCUGGGAAAUUGUCCCUUCAGCAUCCCCAUUUGGCUUUGACUCCAUUCUCAUUGUUUUCCUUCCUUCCUGUAGCCAUUUUCAAAUAUAACUCUCCACUGUGUGUGUCCCACAGUUUGGAUCCUAAGUCUGAAAGGCAUCCUGCUCCUGGCCCUACACUCAGUAAAGUGGCUGUCCUAAAGCUGGAGCUGAAGUUGAAGCCACAGGACUUGUGUUCCCUCUGUUGAGCAUCUGGAAGAUGACCAAGAUGAAGCUCUGUGUAGCUUCCCUAGUACGCAGCCUGCUUUGGGAACCCAUUUUCUCUCCUGUUAAGCUCCUGGGAUGGGCUUGCUGUCUUGCUGGGGUUCAGAGUCUUGCCCAGGUGCCUUCUCUGUUCUGGGAGUUCCCAGCAUAGGAAUGUUACCUGAGUCUAUAGUGAUCUGCAGUUGCUAGUUCCUGGAAUUCCCUGGGCUUUGAAGUUUUUAUUUUUUCAUUGUUUGGUAGUGGUGGGCUUCUGUAUUGAAGAUUUUACACUGUCCUGUCUAAAGCACAGUCAAGCUGUGGGAUUUGUGCCUCAUUGCUCUAAAAUGGUUUAUAGAGAAGAGUCAUUCGUUUUCCCCACAAACCCUCUGUGUGUCACCAGCACAGGUGACUUUCUCACUGUGCACUGAAGUCAUCAGGAAGCAUCACUUUACGACAGAUGCUAUAAAUCAGAAUUUGGCUGGUUUGCAGCCGUGGAAUGGCUUCUGGAGUGAGGACACAGCUGUCACUCAUUUAUAGGCAGCAUUUCUGUUGAUUAGCAGACAUAAGAGUCCCAUAGGAAAUGGCACCAUGCUAUAUGAUGCAAACUGGAGAUGCCAUGGUGUUGCCAUUGGCAAGUCUGUGCUUGUAAUAACACCACAAACAGACUGAAUAACCCCAGAAGCCGUUCCGUAGCUGGAGAGCCACCUGCAUCCCUUGGGUUGCAGGCCAGUCAGUGCCGGCCUCCUCUGAGCUUUCCUCUGAGCUGUGGGCUGGCUGCUCGUGUGUAUAAAUAAAGUUUUGUUGACACAUAACCAUGCUUCCUGAUUGUCCAUGGAGCAGACUAAAUACUUGGAGAAGUGGCCACGAAACCCACAAAGCCUAAAAUAGUUAAUAUCUAUAUCUUUGAAGAAGCCUGCUGACCCCUGCUUGAGAAAAUAACCCCUUUUAGGAAUAAAUCUUCCCCAUUCCUCUUCUGUCUCAUAUCCUUUGUCUCCCGUGCCCCCAUCUCAGUUUUGUCUUAAACUCUUGCUGUAAGAGAGGCUUGUCACUGAGACAAUUUCAGAAUAACCCAAUUCUAAACAAGCAGUGUCUCCCUUUAAGUCCCUCCCUCCAGCCCCACAGUGAGGCCACAAUAGCCUGUAGACCAGAGUCCCAGAACAAGUUGCCUUUGGAGUUCUUAAAUUAUAUGGACUGUCCCAUGUCCCACUCUCAUAGUUUCUAAUCAUAGAACUGACCCUAGCUUCAAGACUGUCUGUGUGAGAUUAGCUGGGAGUGCUUCUAUUGGACCUUGAGUUCUCAGCACCACACGUAGCUGUGGGAAAGUCUCCCAGUGCAGAGACAAAGUCUGUUGACAACCAAAGCACUCUUUACAAUGUAUCCACCAUUGAUCUGUUUUCAGUCACACACUUUCAAAACAGUUUUAUUAAAGCACUAACAAUAAAAUGGUAGUUUUUGAACUGCUACAGAAAAGAAUGAAAAAGAGUUAGAACAUGUUUAACCUGGGUAUGACCAAGGAGUUAUGGGUUGCAUCUUUACGUCAAAUCCAGUCAGCUCUCAAAGUGUUAGUCCUCCCCUCCUCCCAAAAUUCAAAUAAAAGUUUCUACUCUGCUUUCCAGAAUGAAGCUGAACAUCAUGUCAAAAUUUUAACAAAUGGAGAUCAUGGCUCCUAAUUAGUGGGCAGUACAGAAAUUGAACUCUGGGCCUGAUGUAAGCAAGGCAGACAUUCUACCAGUGAGCUACAUCCCUUGCCCAGUUAUCUUGAGUUCUUCCCUGUUGUUUUGUAUUUUCUUGUGACUUAUUCACUAAAAUGCUAGAACACUUGAAAUGUGAGGUCGCAUCUAUGUAUGUAUUCCCAAAGCAGUCCUCGUAUCCACACAGCAGGUACUUUUCUCUAUGCUUGCUCCCAAAUCCUUUGCAAGGAACAGAUACUUUUAAAAACUUAAAACCAGCAGAACUAGGAAACUAGCCUUUUGAGAUGACUCUUGAAAUAAUUCAACUCUUGAAAAUUCUGGAGAGUCGGUUACCUAUAAGGGAUGGAUUGUAGGGCUAGCCAUAUUCAACUCUUGAAAAUUCUGGAGAGUCGGUUACCUAUAAGGGAUGGAUUGUAGGGCUAGCCAUAUUCAACUCUUGAAAAUUCUGGAGAGUCGGUUACCUAUAAGGGAUGGAUUGUAGGGCUAGCCACUUCGUUGGCAGCACCCCAUUGUUUUGCACCCUGGUGAGCAUUGUGCAGACUGUCUGUACUCAGGCUUUUUUCUUUGGAUUUGAACCCAUUGUCUCCUCCAUGGGAUCAUCCUUUUCUGAAUGUGAGGAUGCUGUCUUUCAAUGCUUUGGCCGUUCCUCUAGCAGACAGGCAAUUGCACAGCAUGUGUGCCAAGGAAGGAGCCCCUGAAGCUUUCACACCCUGUGGGUCUGUCCCCUUUGACAGGGUAUGCAGUCUGUAAGCUGCUUGAAAGCAUAGACUGCCUGCCAGAAACAGCAUCCAGGUGCACAUGGUAUUAGAAUACACCAGAGGUUGGAUGAAUAGACUUAACUGUUGAAUUGGACAAGUGGAGAUAACAAAACAAUUAACAAACUAUAUGUGGUCCACACUAUCUAGAAUACUUACUGCCUGACCUUUUAUGGCAGUGUACUGAUCUUUGCAAAAGACGUUAUCAAAUUGUGGGGCAGUUGGGCACGUUUUCUCCGUGCAUAUAGGUCAGCCUUGCAACAGUCCUUUGGGUUUGGGGUAUCUUGCUUGUCUGUCUCAGCACGUAGUUGUCUUUGUGCUGCAUCAUUCCUGUUAGUGCUUGUAAGGAAGAAAGAGAUCAUCUUGGCUCAUCAGGUACUUGCUGAUGAGUUGUGGAUAUACCAUAUUUACUAGGUACUAGUUUACAGUACGGUCUUGAAAAAAAAUGCAGUCUCGUUGUGCGUCGCAGUGAACUUGACUGAUAGAGACAUUCCACCAGCAGUGCUUGGCAUGUGCUGAUCUCCAGUGGCUGAGCAGCCUGUAGUAGUGCCUCUCUUUGAAAGCAUAGGAACUGGUAGUUUCACACCCACAGCCCUCCAUUUCUCUUCUGCAGGUUUACAGUUCUCAAGUUUGGUCAAUUCCUGUGAGUAUAAGUGGCUGAUCUUCACGUGUUUAAAACCUGAGUCCAGGCCACACAUUUUUGACAUGGCCUGUGUGCCGAUGGCACCUCGUCCAUGCACCAGCAGCUUUAGGCAGAACAAGGUCAGGGCCCUCUUGUCAGGCCUGAAGCAAAUCCUCCAUACCUCGCCUUUCCUCUUCCCUCCUGCCUAUGCCACUGGCCCCCUUCUGGGCAGCAUCUUCUCUGCCCCCCCCCCCCCAGUGCUUCUCUGAAUGCAUACAUGUCACAUGAGAAGAUUCUUUCAUUGCUAGAUUCUCACAGUAUUUAGUGGGUUGGGUCUGAAUGCCAUUUUCCCACUCCAGUUGGUACCAUGAUGUACAUCUUGUGUUGUGUUGUAGUUAGAGCUGUAUGUGGUGUUUGGAGGCAUUUGUGGUAAAGAUACUGUAAGAAUAAGAUUUGAAUAAUUUUGUAUAUUUAUUCCACAGGUAGGGAUUAUUGCUAGAGCCACUGUAUCUUAGGCUAUUAAUUUCACUAGUGGCUUCUUCAUUCUUAGUAGUUCUAGGAGACUGCGUUAGUGACUGGUUUCAAAUAUAUAAAGUACAUAUUUAUACACAACCACUGUGGAAUUUAUUUUGCUGUGUAAAUAGUGAUAUUUUCCUGUUCAAAUGCUUCUAUACAAAGUAUUUAUUUUAACAAAAUCAAUUAACUGGUGAAAGGGCUUUCCAAAAACUUUUUUCCAUCUGUUCUCCCAGCUCCCCUGCUCAGCUGUCAACCCCCUAAGCAUCAAGGUAAAGGCAGGAGGCCUUGGAACUCUUACUGUGUUUGGGUAGACACAACGCAGAUUGGGAACCUUAACUCUGCUUCCACUGAUGCUCCAUCUCAGACCAAAGUGGGGCUUGAAGGGGUGUAACUUUGCUCAGCCCACUAGCAGGGCUUCCCCCGACAGCCCAACUCACUCAUGCACCAUUGGUCCAUUCAGCUGUUCACUUCCAUAGCCUGUGCAGGGAAUUGACCUUGGUUGUAGUCCCAUGGCAGGUAGCCUCAUGCCUAUGCAAUGAGAAGAAACCACUGUGGUUACCAGUAUGAGCCCCUAGCCUGGCUCUCAGAAUAUAUGAGUCAUCCUUUCAUGCAUCCAUAGGAGACAUGUCACCUUCUGCACACUGACAAAACUUGGGAACACCUUGGCUUUCCUCCUUACCCUUUCCCAUCAAGUGUCUGUGCAGAUGUAACCCUAUCCUACCCAUCUGUAACCCAUGGUUCUAAAAUGUAUUCAGCUUUACUUCUCAGGAGUCCUGGUCUGCAAUCCAGAGCACCCUAGAUGUCAUGGAAUCAGUGAGUCAUGGUUAUGCAUGGUCCUUUUCCCCGUGCCUCAUCCAUGGGCAUCCCAUCUGUCACCAUGGCUACUAGGAUGGCAGGAUUAACCUGCAGCUCCAGGAUUCUAGGGUGCUUGGAGACCAGGUAUGUAGGGAUUAUUGUCAUCUAUUUGAACUGUAGCUUGCGUAUUUCCUUUGGCCUCCCUUUGUCUUUUCUAAACAAGGAAGGCACUUGAACAGCAAUGCUGGAGAAUGUUUUUCUAAGAUGCUGUUGUAAGCAAAUCUGAUUUUGAGAUGAAAUGUGAAUGGGUAACUAGGUGCCAGGGAAUUUAGCACUGAACUAGACAGUCAAAACUUUUAACCUUUGCAGAAAUUAGUUUCUGUUCUCACCUAAAUGUUCACAAGAUGUAAUGCUGUAAAUAGUUUUCUAAGAAUAUUUAUUACAUGUGCUGUAUACAGACUCAUGUUCGGAGUGAUGUUGGUUUGCAUUGUAUUGUAGAAGAAUAUAUUUUGAGUUGUGGACUUCUUUCAUAACACAGUUCACUCAAGGAGAAAGAAACAAAACCAGCAGGUUGAGAGCUGUUUGGGGCAUUUGAUCUGUAAUGGACCAUCCAAUCCAAGCUUUAACUGCCCCUCUUCUCAUCUGGUUGUGUUAUAUAUUAUAUAUAGAUAUAUAUAAACAGGUGUACAGUAAAUUGGUCAGUGCCCGGGUCUGCAGAGCAGAUUUCCAGGUGUUCUUUCUGAUGUGUUUCCAUAGCAAUAUGACCACAGGUGCUGACCAGUCCUGUUGUCUCAGAGGAUCGGGUGGGGGACAGCUCUUGUGAAGCCUCUUGCCUUUCCUAAGAGGCUGCUUUACUUGAAUUGUUGCUUCUAUUUCUUCUUCACGCUCCCAUUCACAAAACUAUAGCAUGUGUGGGAACUCUCCCAGCACCAGAUACAUCAAAAGUGGGCAAACCAAUCAAAAGGUUAGCGAUUUCCCAGGAAAUAGUAAGUUUCCAGAACAGAUGAGACAAAGCUCAUUUGGCCAUAGAAUAAAUGUAGGGAAUUUUUACUCAAGAAACAUAUGUGGCCUAUUAUAUUCCCCCUGCUCUGUCUGACUCACCUUUAGAAGUCAGCCUAUGUCCUGCCUUCUGCCUCUAUGCCUCAGCUCGAGAUGUCCAUGGUCCCUAGAGUCUGGUUGGGCUCUUAGUGUGUCCAGCUCUGUUGAGCAGCCUUUUCUUGUGACUGUCCUAAACUUAACGAAACAGAAUACCCACACCCAGAUAACGUUGUUGGAAGUGAUGUAGCUUUUUAGGCUUUUGGAAUAUGUCUCUCUCCUUUUUAUAUAUAUAUAUAUAUAUUUCUGAUGGUGUUUGGGAUUUUUCACUAGUGUUUUUUAGAUUGAAGUGGGUGCAUUAAGGUUAACUUUCCACUGUUGAGCCCAGAAGUGUGCAGAGGAAAGAACUCACCGUGCAUUGUGUUGUUGGGGAGGUGACUACUAUGGUGGGGGUGGGGGGAGGGUCUUGUAGAUGAUACAGAGGUGAAAUAGAAAUUCUGGCCAGAGGUUUCCUAAGUCUUUGAUAUUUUGUAAUGAAAAUCCCCACAUUAGCCUCAUUUAAUCUCAAUAAUAGCCUGCUGUUUACCCUCAGGGAACAAGUGGUUUUCAAAAUUAAGCUCCUCCAAGGUCCUGGCCAGUGCCUGUGUGUGCUGGUCAUCUCUGAUCUCAUGGCAUUAUUUUCCCAUAUGCAUUAUGACAUUAAGAAGUUCAACCCCACCCUGUAUGAAAAGCACAGCCCUCAGUGCCCUGAUUUAAGCUAGUGUUGAAGCCUUUGAGGGGCCUGGGGUCCUAGGAGACCAUGCAAUUUAACUGAAGCUCAGGUGUACAUUGGAUUUUUGCUUCUAUUAGGCCACAACCCUUCAGAAUGAGUUUAGGGCAGGGGCUAUGGAUCCAGCUCUGAUUCAGGGAGCUGGUCUCCACCGUUCCUCAAGUUUUUAUUGGUCCCUCCUGGUGGUGUUGCUGAGGUCAAUCCUGUAGGUGUUUGGAUGUGCUCCUUUCUGCUGUCUUGUGAGUCUUAGCCAGUGCUCCAGAUGCCCAAGAGUGGGGCCACCAGAGGGUCCAGCCCCCCUGACCCCAGCAUCUUCCCAACUAGUGGAGUGAGAAGAGUCUGCAGGAGGCCACCUGGCAGAGCAGCGUGCGCCUCUUGGGCCUGGAUGCCCCUGUUAGUGAGUAUAGGAAAGUACUGUGUCUUUAAUGGACGAGAAUUCAAUGUAUGCUGUGAAUUUGUUGGUUUGAAACAUUGAAAAUUUUUCAUUAGACAAUGUUUACAUACCUCACCUGAAGAACCUUUGAGAGUGUAUAUAUGAAAUUUAAAAAUAUAUUGUUGCUUUAAAACAGUAUGUAUAGCUAUAAAAGUUGGAGUUAUUUUAACUUUGCGUAUGUACCAAGUCUCUUAAAUAUUGAAAUCUUGUAGACUUUUUGUGCUUCUGUGUUCUGCUUUUCCUGUUGGACCACAUAGAUAACUGUGUUCUUGUUAUUGAUGAAGGGGCCCCCACUGAAAUCCACGCUUGAAGGAUUUCCUGUGGUGGUUAAGAUCUUCUGGCUUGGUUUUGGGGGGUGGGGUGUGGAGUUGGAGGACGUAUGGGAGGGGUUACUCUAACAUCAACAUCUAUUCUGUGAGCUUUCUCAAGGCGCUUACUUUAUUGCAGCGUAUUAAACUUCUUUGAUAUGAAA